AUGCAAUUCUACAUGCUCAUCCGCUGCCUUCAUCCAAUGGGGCUCGACACCGGACCUUUGGCCAAAAAGUCGUCAACGCUGUGCUCUCUGCUGCUGCUGCUCACCAUCGCCGCACAUGCAAUUCCCGGUCAGGACAACAGCGAAGAAGUCGGAUUCGGCAAGCACACGAAGACAAACGACACAGUGAUGCUCGCCGGCGAACCCAUAGUUGCCAACAAUACGUACUUCAACUUUACUAGUUGUCGCUUCAAGGAGCUGUAUCCGGACGCCUGCGAUGUUUCAAUCGAAGACGACUACAUCGAGCUUCGGUACAACAACGGCAGCAAGGGAUGCACUGUGGAUCUUCUCAGCAAAAACGCGUCGAACAACAGCACGAUCAAGUUCACGACCGGAGUGCGAAACAUAAAAGGAGGACUCAGCAAAUGCCUUGAUGUUGGUCAUAAACUCGACGGAAGCUAUAACAACACGUGA